AGUAAAUAAAUAAAAUAAAAAAGUAGUAUUUCUGUCGAUGGGCUCUAAUAGAAUACAGAAGUUGCUCUUCACCGAGUACAGCGAUAUGCAGGACAUGGUGCUUCUGGAGAGCCCGUUUGCUCAAACGACCAAAGAUGGUAGGGGUAUUCGCCAGGUGCAAAUAGGCAUAACACCGAGUAAAUUAUUGCUUGCAAGCGAUUACUUAGAACAAGAUGAUCCAACGUUAAAAGUGGAUCCUGAAAUUUCUACCCUCGAACUUCUUUCCAUGCUUCCAAUUGAGUGUGUCAACAUAUCCGUAUAUCGGAGGAGAACACGGAACACCAUAAAAGCCCAUUUUUGCAAUGAUCAAGUUUUAUAUUUUGAGCUUGCAUGUCCGAACCGAAGAGAACUCCAGAUUGUACAAAAUGGACAAAGUCUGAAACAAGUUUCGGGACCUCUUCAUCACACUCCUGUCACCACAGACCGUCAAGACAACACGAAUUUGUAUUUGGGAAAAAAAAUUUCACAAUUAAAGCCAAAUUUGAAUGUUGACACAGAAAAAUGGGAGGAAGCCUCUCAAUAUAAAGAAAUUUCUGAACGACCGACAGUACAAACAAUACAACAUGUCAAUAGAUUUGGUGCUGGGAUUAACGAGAACUGUGCAGCCAAUCUUUUCUUAUCGGGAAAAAUUGAAAAACCUGUUUCUGCUCCUGCCUAUUGUAGUGGAAAAAAGCAAAACGACGAGCCUUUAGAUUUGGCUGAAGAAGCAGUAAGAGUUUGGGAGCAAACAGCAAAAAUUUACAAGAAAAGAAGGCGAUAUGGAAUAGUUCCGAUGGCGUAUCACCUUAAUGGUCUGGGAACUGUUAAUUUUUCCAAGGCAGAGGCUGUGUCCACUCAAAUGAGAAGAUGGUCCUCAGAAUUACGCUUAAAUUACAAAAAUGAGCAUGACGAGUUUGAUUUUUGUGUGCAAAAACGGCAAUUGGUUUCAAGUCUGUCCUUUGAUUGCCUGUUAAAAGAAAAGAAUGGCCAAAAUGAACUAAUGAAGCCAAUUCGAUGUGGAACCAAAUAUAAUUAUUCACAAGGUUUUCUUUUGUACUGGACUCCAAAGUAUUCUUACGGGCGACAAACACAGUCCAAAUCCUACAGGGUAUUGCUCAAGCACUUAAACAGUGUGCAUCGUCACAUAAAAUCAACAGGUGUACAGAAAAAACGUUUUCCAUUCACAAUGAAAAUAAAUAAAAGGAGAAUGGGUUUUUUCGAUAAAGAGGGUGGUGGAGAUGCUCCAAACAAGUCAGAUCCAACUUGUUCAUCGUUUCUUAUAGAUAAUUUAGAAAUGGACAUCACACUUUCAAGUUGGGAUUUUGAUUCGACUAUCUUAUCUUACCAACUGACACUUAUAGACAGAGAUUUAUUUUUAAAUAUCACAGGAGUUGAAUUGGAAGCAAUGAUAUUUGAAAAAAACUCUUCCAACGCUCCAGCUUUCAAACACAUGGUGGACUUUGCUGAAAGAGUAAGCAAUCUUAUUGCAACAGAAAUAAUUCGUGUGGAUUCUGUGAAGAUGCGUGCCAGGAUGAUGAGUAAAUUUAUAAAUGUAACUGACAAACUCCAUCGAUUGCACAACAUGCAAAGCGCUCAUUCCGUUCUAAUCGGGCUCCAACAUCCUGCUGUGUACCGGCUUAAAAAAACAUGGUGUUAUCUGAAGCAGCACUAUACGACCAAAUACCAGAGACUUUGCCAACUGCUGAAAGUAUACAGGGAAACGAGGAGCAAACUGUUUUACCGACUGUUUGAAAGGUUCAGCAGAACCACACCAUACAUACCAUCGAUACAUUUUCUAUGUGCUUCCCUACUCGGCCAUUUGCCGUCUGCCCAAAGGCUCUUAACAGCAUCAAGCUACCACUCAAUUUGUAAAUCUUGUACUAGUGUUCAUUUGGAAAAUCUGUGGAAUGUGCAGUCAAAGUUAUCUGUAUUUUCGGAAACAACAGUUAACAAAAGUUCUCAAUUGUCGACUGAUUCAGAGGGACUGAUCAAACAAUUAGACUCGUACUUCCGACUGAUUUGUGAGAGUGAAUUUUGUGCCUCCCUUCGUCUUGAAGCGACCAGAGAAUCACUAGCAAUGUGGCAAGAAGCAGUGGCCGGUUAUGACCUAAUAGAGAAUCAUCUAGCGAAGGAGUUCCUCCUGAAAGCGAGAUACUCCGAAGGACACGACCUUCUUCAAAUGUCCGUGAAUAUUGAACCAUCUGAAGAA